AUAAAACCUAGCCGCUAGGACGCCUGGAAAGCAAACCCUUUAUCGAGUCCCAGUCCACGUCAACCAUCAUCAAAUUACCAAAAUGUCUACUACCACUCUCCACACGCCUUCUGGCCCCGUCACGGUCAACAAAGUUGCGCAUGGUUUGAUGCUCAUGACCUGGAAAGCGCAGCCCAACCCCGACGAGCAGAGCUUUGCGGCCAUCAAGGCUGGCAUCGACUCAUUGCCGCCUGGUGUCAAGAUGUUCUUGAACGGAGGCGAGUUCUAUGGCCCCAACUGCAGCACUGCCAACAUCGAGAUGAUCGCGCGGUUCUUCGAGAAGUACCCCGAGUACGCCGAUCGGGCGUUCUUGUCCGUCAAGGGCGGCGCCAAAGCCGAUUCGCUCGUCCCCGACGGCAGCGAGGAGAAUGUGAAGCGGAGCGUCAACCGCGUGCUCGAGAAGCUGCGCGGCAAGAAGACGCUCGACCUCUUCGAGUGCGCGCGCGUGGACCCCAACACGCCGCUCGAGGUGAGCCUGGGUGCGCUCGCGCAGCUCGUCAAGGAGGGCAAGAUCGGCAGCAUUGGUAUGUCCGAGGUUAAGGCUGAGACGCUUCUCCGCGGCCACAAGGUUCACCCGAUAACUGCGGUUGAGAUUGAGGUCAGCCCUUGGGAGUACGGGCCUCAGCAGAAGGCGGUGAUCAAGGCGGCUCAAGAGAACAAUAUUGCUGUGAUCGCGUAUUCGCCCAUCGGCCGAGGUUUCUUGACCGGCCAAAUCAAGAGCCUCGACGAUAUUCCGGAGGGCGACUUCCGUCGCAUGCUGCCACGCUUCCAGCCCGAGAACAUGGCGACGAACUUCGCCAUCGUCGAAAAGCUGCAGUCGAUCGCCAAGGAGAAGGGCAUCACCUCUGCCCAGCUCUCGAUCGCGUGGGUAUCCUCGCUUGGCCCGCACGUUCUUCCCCUGCCCGGCUCUUCUCACAUCGACCGCACGCUGGAGAACGUCAGCGCCAGCAAGGUGCAGUUUACCACUGAGGAACUCACGAAGGUCACCGAGGUGAUCGAGAACGCUGUAUUCGCCGGUACGAGGUACCCCGGUGACGACAGGGCGAUGUACCUUUGGGCAUAGACUUGGUUCCGACCGGACGAACUACAGUUGUAUCAAUAGAUUCUGCAUAAAUAUUAGUUGACCAACCUGAUCAGUACUACGAGCACAGUACCUUGCAUUUUUAGCUGUGCUUGAUUGGAUGGAUACGUGGAUUUUACCGUCCAGGAUAAUGGCACUGAGUUCCG